GAGAAUUGGUUUCCUGCAUUUUCUAUUCUCACUCUUCUUCUUGCAUAACAUUUCCCAAGCAAGGGAUACAAUCACUUCCACUCAACCCCUCAUAGAUGGCCAAACCAUCAUUUCUUCUGGUGCCAACUUUGAGAUGGGGUUCCUCAAGGGAUACAUCUCUAUAUGGUACAAAAAAAUUCCUGUCCCAACAGUCAUAUGGACAGCCAACACCCAAACUCCCCUCCCCAACACAACCUCGGCUGUCCUGAAGAUCGUUAAGUCUGGCCGCUUACUCCUCACUCAUCCCAACCAUAGCACCAUAUGGUCCACCAACAACAACACCACAUCACAAUCACCUAAGAACCCGAUCGCCCAACUCUUGGACUCGGGAAACCUCGUGGUGAGAGAUGCUGAUGAUGAAAACCCUCAGAAUUUCCUCUGGCAGAGUUUCGAUUACCCCACUGAUACUUACUUUCCAGGCAUGAAACUCGGGUGGAAUUUCGAAACAGGCCAUGAGGUUUUCCUCACAGCCAACAAAAAUGAAAGCUCUCCAGCUCCAGGGAACUUCACAGCUCACUUGGACCCAACAGGGUACCCACAAAUUGUAAUCAAGAGUGGCACACAAGAGGUUUAUACAACUGGGCCCUGGAACGGCCUGCGAUGGAGUGGAACGCCUUCAAUAAAUCCAGAUGACCCUCAUUUCAAGUACAAAAUGAAUAUGAAUCCCAGGGAGGUAUACACAAGAUAUGAAAUUGUUAACAACUCGAUUUAUUUAAGGCUAGUUCUGAGCAGUUCAGGGGUAUUUGAAAGCUGGGGAUGGGUGAAUGAGACCAAAAGUUGGUUCAGUUUCAUAAAAUCCCCUAUGGAUAUCUGUGACAAUUAUGCAUUCUGUGGAUCAAAUGGGAUAUGUAACCUGGCCAAAUCCCCACUUUGUGGAUGCUUGGAAAAUUUUGUGAAAAACACUGGAGGGGCUGAUAGUUGCCAUAGGAGGAAGGCUCUGAAAUGCAAGAAUGGAACAGAUGGAUUCAAGAAGUAUUCUGGGAUAAAAUUGCCAGACACCAAAUAUUCUUGGUUUAACAAGACUAUGAACCUUGUAGAGUGUGAGCACGAGUGUUUGAAGAAUUGCUCCUGCACUGCUUAUUCCAGUUUAGACAUAAGCAAGGGAGGGAGUGGUUGCUUGCUCUGGUUUAAUGGCUUGUUUGGAAUUCGAGUGCUGUCUAAAAACGGGCAAGAAAUUUACAUCAGACUCGACUCUUCUGAGAUACCAGAGCCAAUUACAAAGGGAUCUCAUCCUAGCUCAAAGGGGAAGAAAGGAAAAAUCAUCUUUGGGAGUUUGUUACUGCUCACCAUUAUGAUCCUGCUUGGCUUGAGCCUUUGUUUCUACUUCUACAAAAAGAGUAAUAAAAAGGAAAGGAAGCUGAAAGAAUCGUUAGACAUACCAUUAUUCGACCUGUCUACAAUAUUAAGAGCUACAAAUAACUUUUCAAACAAUAACAAACUUGGAAAGGGUGGAUUUGGAGAUGUUUACAAGGGUGUUCUAAGAAACAAGCAGGAAAUUGCAGUGAAACGGUUAUCAAAGAAUUCCACACAAGGAAUAGAAGAGUUCAAGAACGAAGUGAUUUAUAUUGCCAAACUUCAGCAUCGAAAUCUAGUGAAACUUCUAGGGUGUUGUAUACAAGGAGAAGAAAAACUUUUGGUGUACGAGUACAUGGCAAAUAAAAGCUUGGAUACCUUCAUAUUCGAUGAAACAAAGAGCAAACUGCUUGAUUGGCCAAAACGCUUCUCCAUUAUUAUUGGAAUUGCACGAGGAGUACUAUAUCUCCAUCAAGAUUCUCGACUAAGGAUCAUUCAUCGAGAUCUUAAAGCCAAUAAUGUUUUGUUAGAUAACAUGAUGAAUCCUAAGAUAUCAGAUUUUGGAUUGGCUAGAAGUGUCCUAGGAGAUGCAACAGAAGCAAAUACAAACCGUAUUGUUGGGACACAUGGGUACAUAUCCCCAGAAUAUGCCGGUGAUGGAAUAUUUUCAGUAAAAUCAGAUACAUUCAGCUUUGGUGUUUUAUUGUUGGAGAUUGUCACCGGCAAAAGAAAUAGAGGAUUUCGUCACCCAAACCACAGUCUAAACCUUAUCACUCAUGCAUGGAAGGUGUAUAAAGAAAACAGGGAGUUAGAACUAAUUGACGAACAUCUAGCUCCAUCAUGCGAUCUAUCUCAAGCUCAAAGGUGUAUCCAAGUCGGUCUAUUAUGUGUGCAACAACAUCCAGAAGAUAGGCCAACCAUGUCUUCUGUGGUAACAAUGUUGUCCAAUGACUGCACUUUGCCUGAAGCAAAAGAGCCUGGAUUUUUCACAGAAAGAAGGGCAAGCGAAAGCAAUUACUCUACAAGCACACAAGGAGAAAGUUCAAAAAAUGAAUGUAGCAUCUCUCUCUUGGAUCCUAGGUAGAGUGCAAACAACAAAGACUUGAGUAAUGUAAAUGAUGUGACAUUAUAAAAAUGUAAGAUAACUUAUAUAAGAUGAGCUCCAUUUCAUAUUUGAACAUAUAUAUGUAACAUCUAUCUGUACAAAAACUCAGGAAAAUUUGUGUACAAAUAAUAGAGGCAAAGGCUGGGUAACAAAACCUA